CUUUUCCUGACAUUCCUAGCAGAUCAUAUAAACUCUCUCUUGAAUAAACCUCAGCUCUCAUGUGACAUGCUAGAAAAGGAAAGCUGUAGCUAUCUAAUGAUCUGUUUGUUAUGGCAUCAAAAACUCCUCACCACGAAGCUGAGGCAAUUCUUAUGGAGGAAGACAAAGACGAGUGUAUAUCGCCAAGACGACUGAAUAUUACGUGGGGAAAUGAUCUGCGGUACUGGCAAUGGUAUGAUUAUACAGAGAGGUCAAGUUCUGUAUGUGAGCUGAAACAAGUAUGCUGGCUCGAAGUUACAGGUGCAGUUGGUGUAAGGACUGGGAAGAAGUACGAGAUCGGUUUUCGAGUUUCAUUAAAGCCAGAUGCCUUUGGGUGGGGUGAAACUCCUCUGUAUUUAAUGGCUAAAUUGGGCAAGCAAGGGAAAUACAAGAAGAAGUCGAUCUACUUACAAGACGAGCAAAGGGAAAAAGAAUUCGACGUCCCAAAGGAUCGGUUUGUCAUUGAAGUUUCAUCAACAUUAGAAGAUAGCACUAUCUAUUUUGGUCUAUAUGAAGUGUGGAGUGGCAAGUGGAAAGGUGGCCUUCAGAUACAUUAUGCAUUUGUGAAGGAGGUGACCAGCUAGAGCUGCUAGAUAAGAUUUACAACAUGAUAAAUGCGAUUACUAGCUCGUAAUAGUCUAAAUUCGUAGAAGAUUUCAUAAGGGCCUUGUAUUCUGACAUCCAUUGUCCAUUCAAUAUAUCUUGACAGCUUCAAUUUCCC